AUGAAUGGGGCCCAACCCACCACGUCGGUGCCCCUGGAUCUGUUCCAAACAGUGCAGCAACCUGAUCAAAUACAUCGAGACAAUCUGCCAGGCACCCAUCCGCAGCGUUCGGGGCAGCAGCAGCAGCAGCAACGCCAGGGCCAAGGGGCGUCGGUGCUCGACGGAGCUGGCGACUUUCAACCUUCGUGGAUGUUUAGCACCGAUUUCCCACCGAAACACCCAGACCAGGCCGCGCAGCAAGAAGCAGCUGCCGCCUCAACAGCCCUGGGAACGGCCACAACGAUCGCACUGUCCACCCCAGAAGCACAUUGGAGUGCAAGCUCAAACUUUUCCUCUGCGCCGGAGCUGACGCUGUCUAGUGAGCCCAUCGAUCAAGAAGCCGAAUUCUUUGAUCAAAUCACCCGGCCGUAUACCCCUUCGUACAACUCUGCCGCCGCAUUCAGCGAACAGCAGGAUUUCUGGAGCAACAGCGGCGCGGGACAGGACCUCGGCUCUUCCAGUGCCGUCUUUAACAACGGCGACGCACUCGACUUUGCCCACAAGGCCUCGUCCUUUGACUACGACCCAGAGACGGCCGACAGCUACAACAGCCUUCAGCCGUCCUCGCUCCUUGGCCAGAACUUGGGCGGCGUCUUCAACUUUGCGCCCCAGAGUAGCAGCACGAGCAGCAGCAACAACACCAACAAAAACAACAACAACAACAACAGCAGCAGCCAGUCGCAUAGACCGAGUGUUUCCUCGUAUCGGGACCGGAGAGAACAAGAGGCCGUCGUCAGCCCGUUUGCCAGUCCACUGCUGGAUGCACAGUCGCCCCAGCACACGAGAUCGUCUUCCUUUGGGUCCAAUCUCGGCAGCCCCCUCGUAGACCAGGCCGACCAGGCGUGGAUGCAGUCGCUCGGCCAGCGCAUGAGCAUUAGAGAAGAUUCGUCCUUGCCCGUCUCUCAGCCGCAGCCCCAGUCUCAGCCAUCGACCUCGCAGGCGCAGUCUCCGUUUCCGUCCAUCGAGCUGCAACAGCAGCAGCAGCAACAACAACAGCAACAACAGCAGCAGCAGCAGCAGCAGCAACGAUUACGGCCCUUUCCUGUCGGAAGCGGACAGUACGCCCCAGUCUUUGACGAAGACGACUUGCCAAAGUUCCACUUUGAGCCUCCGGCAGACUCUUCGCAGGUGCCAACGCUUUCUAUCAACGAUACUGCCAUGCAAGACGCUCAAAUGAUGAGGGCCCAGCAGCAGUCGCAGUCGGAAGGGCAGCAGCAGCAACAGCAGCAGGCAGAACCGAUCCAGCAGUCAGCACAGUUUCAUGCUCAUGCCCAGGCACAGCCGCAACAGCAGCAGCAACAGCAGCAGCAACAGCAACUACAUCAACAAGAGCAGCAGCCACAGCAACAGCAGCAGCAGCAGCAGCAGCAGCAGCAGCAGCAGCAGCCGCCGCAGCAAGAACAAGGUAGCGUUUACUUUGCGUUUAAUGAUGCACCUCGGCGGCAGCCAAACAACUACCACAACAUGCAGCAGGCUACGCUCAUGGAUCUCUCUGGCGGCUCACCGGCGCCCUUUGCGUCACGCUUCGAUGGAGCAGAGCCGACGGCCUUUCGUGGACCGUCGCAGCUGGCAAACGAUCCCAAGCGGCAGGACUCCUAUGACCGCAUCCGCAAGUACAUUCGUCUCGACGUCGACAUGGGCUUCGUGGCCAACAGGCCGACGGAUGAGUCGCCUACCUCGGUCAUGCGCAAACGCGCCAAUUCCGACGUCGGUCCACGAUCGCCUGGAGCGAGCAACUCGCCUCUGUGGAGCAUCGUGCCCGGCGGCGUGACGGACACGACGCCGACGGCGGCCGCAUCAGGUGUCGACUGGGCUACCGAGGCGGCCAAGCAGCGGAAUUUGCAGCAGCAACAGCAUCAGCAGCAGCAGCAUAUGAAUCAGGCAAAUGGCGGGCCAGGUGUCAAUCCUUCGAUGUUGCAGCAACAGCAGCAGCAUGAGCAGCAACAGCAGCAGCAACAACAACAACAGCAGCCGCAGCAGCAACAGUUCCUUCAGCAGCGGCCGCGAACAGCGGCAGAGCCAGCGUCGGGGCCGAUGAGGCAAAGACAGCAACCAUUCAUGUCGCAACUCAUGACGAAUCAGUGGCAGCCACCGAGCUCGAACCUGCUGCAGCCUACACUGCACCGCUCUCAAUCAUCCCAUCGAGCUUCGGGUGCACGCCGGCAUGUCCGUGGGGCCCAAUCGGAGGAUCUCUCGUCGCUGGCGCGGGCCCAGAACCCCGAGGAGUUUCUCACAAGGAUCACGGCACCCGACGGCAGCUUGGCCCCGCCUCCCUCUGCUGGAUCGGCGGGCACAGGCUCCUUUUCGCCCGUUCGCGCUCAUCCGUACAAGACGACGCGCGACCGCAACUACUCCUUUGGCUCUGAUCGCAGCAACGGCAGCAGCCAGGGCUCGAGCCCGCACGUCCGGGUCCAGGGCAGCCCGUAUGCUUCAGGCAGUGGUGGAGGGCAGAUGUCACCGGGCGCAGGGCCAUCAAGCCGCUUCAGCAGGGUCAGAGACGCCAUUGCCGGGCCCAACAACACGGUCCUCUACUCGCAAACGGCCCUGCCUACCUAUGGCGCCUUCAGUGGCCCGCCAUCGCAGCGCUCGACACCGCUUAGCACCGUGGGCGAGCAUCUCGGCAUGAUCAACCCGCCCGUCCAGCAGGUGACGACGAGUGCGACGCAGGCGGCCAGUGCGAGCCGGCGCAAGAAUGAGGCGGUCCACGUCUGUCCCAUCCCAGGUUGCGGCUCGACAUUCACGCGCAAAUUCAACCUCAACGGCCACAUUCGCUCUCAUACGGGGGCACGGCCCUACGAGUGCAAGGAGCCUGGCUGUGGCAAGAGCUUCGCGCGUUCGUUUGACCUCUCGAGGCACGAGAAGCUCCAUGCGGGUAUCAAGCCGCACACCUGCGAGAGCUGUGGCAAGGCGUUUGCGCGUGCCGAUGCCCUCUCGAGGCACCUGCGGAACGAGACAAGCCAGGGUGGAUGCGCUGCAAAGGGCCAAGACACCGACUGGGACUUGCUCCCGCCGCAAAUGGGCCAGGCCACCAUCUCGCCAUCACCUGCCUUGGGAGAAGACCAAGCUGGCCUCACGCUCAAGGAGGAGGACGAGAAGGACGUGCCCGUCUCCGCCUCGUCCUCGGGCAAGUUCCGCGGCCAUGUUUUGUAG